AAACAUUUAGCAGGUGAUUUCAACUCGUUCGUUUAGUCCAUCUUAGGGCGCAAAUUUUGGUUCUUUGAAAGUAUAUUACAAUAUAAUUUAUAAAAUUGAAAAAUGGAUGAAGUACAAAAAGAACAGAUUGUGAAAGAUUUAUUAGAGUGUACAAAUAUUGCGCUCGAUGUAUUCGGUACAAGAACUAUACAAAAAAGAAAACUUAUUACUGAUAUGUUGACUUCCUGUGAAAUUGCAUGCAAGUUACCAGCGAAAAAGAAACGAUCCGUAUGGGUAAAAAGGCGUAGGUCAUUUGAGCAUCGCAAAGAAUCGAAUUAUGAUCGUGAAGAGAUUGGCAUGAAUCCAACUUGCUUUAAAAUGUUGCUUAAUUAUAUUCGUGACGAUGUACAGAAAAAGAAUACCACCAUGAGAGAAGCAAUACCAGCUGCUGAAAAGUUUGCCAGUAUUUUAAAAUUCUUUGUAAGUGGCGAAUCUUUUAAAUCCUUGUAUGAAAGUGAAAAAAUAAAACUAUCAACAGCAUUUAUAUCAAAAGCAACACCUGAAGUUUGUAAAGCUCUUUGGAACAAAUUAAAAGACACAUAUUUAAAGUUUCCCUCAACUAUUCGAGAUUGGAAAGCAGUUGCUGAAGACUUUUCGAAAAAAUGUGAUUUUCCCAAUUGUUUGGGUGUUUUGCAGACCAAACACAUUUAUUUUAAAGGUUUACGAAGAGAUGGAGAUUAUUAUCGCUCAGCUUCUGGUCGUCAUAGUGUAAAAUUAUUGGCCUUAGUAGACGCCAACUACAAAUUCCUUUAUACAGAUGUCGGUGCCACAGGUCAAAAAAGUGAUGUUGAAACACUUGCCCAAAGUACACUUCAAGAAAUACUGCAUGAAGCCGAUGAUUAUUUUCCAAGAGAAAGAAUCAUUGGUAAUAAUCGAAAAGUUCCGUAUGUCAUUGUUGGUAGUGACUCAAUGCCAUUGCAUAAGCAUUUAUUGAAACCAUAUCCAGCUGCCAGUAUUCUUAAAAAACAUCAAGUCUUUAAUAUAAGAUUGGCGGUAGCAAAACAUGUUGCAGAUCACGCAUUUCAUUUAUUAGAGAACAAAUUUAAAUUAUUAAAAAGUGUUAUAAUGCUACGUGCAGACACAGUUGAAUUAAUAACUUUAACCAUGUGUAUUAUACAUAAUUUUAUGUUAGAAUUUGAUGAGGAAUAUAAAAAUGAAAUUCAUUCAGACAUUUUAAUUCAAGCUGAUGACAAACAGAGACAUAUGGAUGACUUUAGUGACCCAGAAGUACACGAAGCGGAAGAAGUACGGUUGGAUUAUAUGGAGUAUUUUAAUGAGGAAGGAUUGAUAGAAUGGGAAGUGGAGUAAUGAAAAAACUAAUGAUAAUCAAUUUAUUAUUUCAUGUCAUAAAUAAUUUUUUCACUUAUUUAAAGAGAA